UCGGCCUUAGCGGAAGACGCCGAUGGCGGAGACUGGGCGUAAAAACUCAAGCAUAAUGGAGGCCGAAGUUCGACAGCAACAUGAAUGACAAGUACCACAGGGCAGCGCGAGAUGGCUACCUGGACCUGCUGAAGGAGGCCACGCGGAAGGACCUGAACGCGCCUGAUGAAGAUGGCAUGACGCCGACGCUCUGGGCCGCGUACCACGGCAACCUGGACGCGCUCAGGCUCAUCGUGGCCAGAGGAGGGAAUCCUGAUAAGUGUGACAUAUGGGGAAACACGCCGCUCCACCUGGCCGCUUCCAAUGGCCAUCUCAACUGCCUGUCUUUCUUGGUGUCCUUUGGUGCAAACACAUGGUGUCUAGACAAUGACUACCACACCCCUUUGGACAUGGCCGCCACCAAGAACCACAUGGACUGUAUCCGCUACCUGGACUCGAUUGCUGCCAAGCAGACGGCACUCAACCCCAAGCUGGUGGCCAAGUUGAAAGACAGAGCCUUCCGUGAUGCUGAACGUCGCAUCAAAGACUGUGUCAAGAUGCAGCGUAAGCAUCAUCGCCGCAUGGAGCGCAAGUUCCAGAAGGAAGCCACGGAUGCUUCAUUUUCUGAUGCCAUGAGCUUCUCCAGCUACUCCAGCAGCACUUUUAGUCGCAAACUGCACCCCUUCAACACUGCCACCAGUGUGCCAUACUCACAGGCUACCCUCCAUGCCACAGCCAGGGGCAAAACCAAGAUCCAGAAGAAGUUGGAAAAGAAAAAGCAGGGUGAUGGGACCUUCAAGAUCUAUGAGGAUGGAAGGAAAAGUGUACGCUCUCUGUCUGGUCUACAGCUAGGUAAUGAUGUCAUGUUCCUAAAGCAGGGUACCUACUUAAACCCAAAAGACCGUGGGAGGCGAAAUGUUCGUGAUAUGUUCCCACGGGACAAUGAAGAUGCCAUCUCACGUGCCAUCAGCGAGCCUGACCUGCAUGGGGCAGACCUAGACCACUCAGAGAUUAGCACUGACUCAGGCCAUGACUCACUUUUCAACCGACCAGGCCUGGGUACCAUGGUCUUUCGUCGAAACUAUGUGAGCGGGGGACUCUUUGACAUAGGCUCUCGCGAUGAGGGGAGCAUAGCUGGCAGCCGAAGGGCACCAAACGUCCGCCUGCGCAGCCGUCUUCAUCGAUCUUCCAGUGUAGAUGAGGACAGUAUUGGUAGUGCACGAAGCCUUCAGGCAAGGAACGUGGAGGAGCUUCCUUGGGAUGAGGUGGAGUUAGGACUGGAUGAUGACGACGAGCCAGAGAGCAGUCCACUAGAGGUAUUUCUGGCUGCCCAUGUCAUGAAUGAAUUCAUCCCUAUUUUUAAGCGAGAGAAGAUAGACCUGGAUGCACUGCUGCUGUGCUCUGACAACGACCUCAAAAGCAUCCACAUUCCCUUGGGACCCCGUAAAAAGAUCAUUGAUGCAUGUAAGCGACGCCUGGACACCAUUGAGGAUCCCGAUAGUAUAGAAGACACAGAGUUAUAGCACAAAGGCCAUACCUAGGGUACCUCUCAAUUCAUGUGCAACAAGACAGAAAGACUUGUAUGGAUCUUAAACAAAGGUGAUUACCAUAUGAACGUAUUUUGAAUUUUAGACUGACAAAGGUACCUCCUUGAAUGGCACACAUAAGGAAGUAUGCAUGGUGAAUAUUCAGUAACAGCUGAAUAAUGCUGAGGAUCUGUGAUUGCCAUACAUACUAUUAGAGAUCCCUGAUGAAGUCAAGAACUAAACAGCAUUAUUCUCAUGGUGUGUCUGGCCUUGUGGGGCAUACGUCUUUGUGUCUGUGUAGUGUUUGCGCAGGUCUCUUUUUGCGCAGGUAAAUUUUAAUUUCAGGCUUGAUAGACCUUAUUAUAAGGGACCUUUUACACGCUGCCUGAGUGAUGUUACGUGUCAUCGAUAUACAUGGCAGCAAAUGUGGGAACAUUGACUUUAAGGCUCAGUGAACAUUUGUACUAAGGUUGUUUUGUGAACCUUUUGAUCUCCAUAAGUUUGUUUACAUUUGUUAAGCCAUAAUUCUGUUAAAGACUUGGAGCAUG